AUGGGUGAACUUCCUUCUGUUCGUAUCACACCUGGCAGACCGUUCAAGACUUCAGGCGUCGACUUCGCUGGUCCAAUACAGUUGCGUACAUCUAAGGGUAGAGGCCAUAAAGCAUUUAAGGGAUACAUUUGUCUUUUUAUUUGUAUGAAAACAAAAGCAGUACAUCUUGAAGUUGUAAGUGAUCUUACUAGUAAAGGUUUUAUUGCAGCUUUCAAGAGAUUCACAUCCAGAAGAGGACAUUGUUCAGAUGUUUGGAGUGACAAUGGAUUAAACUUCGUAGGGGCUGCAAAGGAGUUAAAGGAUAACGCUAACAUUCGUUGUUCAAGUGGUAUGAAGGAUAUAGUUGAGUUACUAGCGAAUGAAGGCACUAUCUGGCACUUUAUUCCACCGAGAGCCCCCAAUUUUGGUGGCCUUUGGGAGGCUGCGGUCAAAAGUGCCAAAACUCAUCUUGUUAAGGUCGUUGGAAACUCAACGUUGACAUUUGAAGAGAUGACAACUCUGCUAUCACAGGUCGAAGCGUGCUUGAAUUCUAGACCCAUCUGUCAACUAAAUGAUAAUCCAGAUGAUUUGUUUCCACUAACGCCAGCUCAUUUCCUCAUUGGUGAGGCAACUAUGAUAAUUCCUGAACCAGACCAUGAGAAUACAAGAUUAAGCGCAUUAGAUAGAUGGACCUUAGUACAAAAAAUGACGCAACAGUUUUGGAAACGCUGGUCAACAGAGUAUCUGCAAGGACUACAGAGAAGACAAAAGUGGCAAAAAUCUUCAAUGUCUCCCGAUGUCGGUCAAUAA